AUGUGUGUGCUUUAUUCAUGCGGCCAUAUCAAGAUUUCAAGGCGGCCCAGGAGAAACACCUACUCAAUAGCCCAUUUGUGUUUUCCAGAUGAUCUCUAUCGGGAGCGCCUGCCGAAUGUUUGCGGCUCCGUGGGCUCAAAGGCGAGGAGCUGCUGUAGCAUGCGUUCCGUGCACAGAUAUCUGCCCGUCACCGAUUGGCUGCCCAAGUACCAGUUGAGCUUCCUGGCCAUGGAUGUGGUGGCGGGUCUCACUGUGGGCCUCACAGCCGUACCACAGGCCAUUGCCUAUGGAGCUGUGGCCAAUCUGCCGCCAGCCUAUGGGCUCUACUCCGCUUUUAUGGGUGGAUUUGUGUACAUACUGCUCGGAACCUGCAAGGACAUCACAGUGGGCCCCACGGCCAUCAUGGCGCUAAUGGUGCAGCCGUAUGUGAACGGCAACCCGGCGAAUGCGGUGCUAAUAUGCUUCCUGUCCGGCUGCAUUAUCACCCUAAUGGGCCUGCUCAAUCUCGGAGUGCUCAUGCGGUUUAUAUCGGUGCCGGUGACGACGGGUUUUACGAUGGCAGCCGCCUUAACCAUUGCCACCGGCCAGAUUAAUAGCCUCUUUGGCAUCAGCAGUAGUGCCAGUGGGUUCCUAAACAGCUGGAUAUACUUCUUUGGGCACAUAACGCAAACACGCCGAAAUGAUGCCAUCCUGGGCUGCUGCACACUUGUACUCCUGCUGCUCAUGAGGCAACUGAAAGACCUGCCUUUUGGCUUCAAAAGCGUGUGGAAGUAUAUCUCGCUGGCCCGCAAUGCUGUGGCCGUGUUAAUUGGCAUACUGCUGUGCUAUCUUCUGAAAAACGAUGGCAAACUACCCUUUCUAGUGAGCGGCAGCAUCACUCCAGGCCUACCGCCCUUCAAGCUUCCUCCCUUUCGCACAGAGGAUCCUCAGACUGGAGAAACCAUCAGCUUCGGGGGCAUGAUUUCGAACAUAGGCACUGGCCUGGUGUCCAUACCACUGUUGUCUAUAUUGGAAAGCAUAGCUGUGGCCAAGGCCUUCUCAAAGGGCAAGAUAGUGGACGCAUCGCAGGAGAUGAUUGCCCUGGGCGUCAGCAACAUCCUCAGCAGCUUCUUCUCCUCCAUGCCCAUCACCGGAUCCUUUACAAGGACAGCCAUCAACAAUGCCAGUGGAGUGAGAACCCCGCUGGGUGGUGCGGUUACCGGCGCUCUUGUCCUUCUGACCCUAGCCUUCCUCACCUCCACAUUUGCCUACAUUCCCAAGGCGACCCUGGCAGCCAUAAUCAUUGCAGCCAUGUUCUUUAUGGUGGAGUACGAGACCAUUGGCGAGAUUUGGCGGGCUAAAAAGCGCGAUAUGCUGCCUUUCCUGGUGACCGUGUUGACCUGUGUCUUCUGGACUCUGGAGUACGGCAUGGUGGUGGGCAUCGUCUUCAAUGCGCUUUUCCUGCUCUACAAGAGCAUGAAGCCGCAGUUUUACUUGGCAACCGAGAAGUUUAAUGGCGUCGAGGUGACUAUGGCCGAUCUGAAGGGCAGCGUGGACUACUCGGCAGCCGAGUACUUGAAGAUGUCGAUUGUGUCCCACGUGACGCAAAAGAACUGCGAGGGAGGUGUUCCCACCACACUGGUGGUCAUCAAGGGACACGAGAUCGCCUCAAUUGAUACGACCGUGGCUUUGAACCUCAAAUCGCUGCGCGAAGAUCUCUCCCUACUGAAGUGCGACAUGAUCUGCUGGAACUGGAGUAUUCCGGCGGCGGGAGUGGUUUGCCGGAUGGAUGGGAAGCUGCGCAGUAUGUUCAAGUUCUCGAAAAGCUUUCCCGACCUAAUGCAAACAAUUGCGGAUGCCGAGGCAGCCGAUUCGUGUAUCGCCGUUGACUUGAGUCAAUAAAGAGUGCUCUUUUGUCUACCGUAUAUGUGUUUCUGCGUACAGUUGCGCCAAUGAAAUCGUUUUCGAAAGGUAAUUUGGGGUACUUCAAUUAUGAGCAUCUUGAUGGUUAUCACCAAGUUUAGGUACAACUA